ACAUUCUGUCGUGUCAGCUGUCAAAACUCAAAACAGGAAUUUCAAAUUGUUUUGGAUUCGUACGAGUCUGAAGGAAACUUAAAAAAAAACAGGAUUUCUGCGAUUACAAACAUAUUCUUUUAUUUUACAAAUGAAGAAAUAUUAUCUUGUUAACGUCACUAAAUAAAGAAGAAUAAUAAAGAUUGAAAUCAAGUUUUGUUUAAUACAGAAUUUUUAAAGUAAGUGAUUGUUUACAAACUUAAGAACAAGAAGUAAAUCUACAUAGAAUUAUCUAAUAAUGUCUGGGCCCAUUCAAGACGUCGUAGAAGAAGAUGCUGCAGAUUUGCAAUUUCCUAAAGAGUUCGAAAACGCUGAAACUUUACUUAUAUCAGAGGUUGAUAUGUUGUUGGAGCAUAGAAAAGCACAGAAUGAAUCUGCAGAGGAGGAACAAGAAUUCUCUGAAGUAUUUAUGAAGACCCUGACAUAUACAAACAUGUUCAAAAAGUUUAAAAACCAAGAAACUAUUACAGCUAUCAGAAACCUUCUUCAAUCGAAGAAGUUACAUAAAUUUGAAAUUGCCAGCUUAGCAAACUUAUGUCCUGAGACACCUGAAGAAGCAAAAGCCUUGAUUCCAUCAUUAGAAGGCAGAUUUGAAGAUGAAGAGCUCAGAAUAUUGUUAGAUGACAUACAGACUAAACGCAGUAUCCAAUACUAAAAUAAUAAUUUUAUAUCUUUUUUUAAGGCAAAUAAAAUAUGAUCCUAU